AUGAAGACCCUGAGAUCCGGUUCCCGGUCGGCCAACACUCUCCGGCAUCUCAAACAACUCUUCAACCGCCACUCCUCCUCCGCCAGACGACCCAUCUCCACCACCGCUCCUCCCUCUUCCCUCUACCAACGGUCCCUUCUCUCCCAAAGCCAUCCGAUUCCGCCUCCUUCAGUCACAGCAGUCCGUCACCUCCGUACCUGCCGUAACCCUAGAGGUGGUUUCAAAAAUUUUGAAGAGAGCCCUUGUCCGAUCCGGAUCGUCGUGCCGGAGGGGAAGCAUAUGUUAUCGAACGGUUUGGGGAAGGGAGAUCUCUUUCUCAAGAUUGUCGACCCUAAGUUGGCGUCGUACGUGGUCGAGAAGCCGAAAGACACUUUGAUUAAUCUCGCGCGAGCCACGAUACAAAGCGAGGUCGGAAAGGUAACACUGUUAGAAACUAGCACCGAGUGGAAGGCAUUCAACGAAAAGAUAUCGGCUGCCGUUAACGAAACGGCAAAGGACUGCGGAUUGCAUUGUACUCGUUGCGAAAUCAAGAAGAUAGCUAUGCCUCAUGAAAAUGAGGAAGAAUGGAAAAGCGUAGCAAAUGCAGUUGCUGAAAAUUUAGAACUUGAGCUUACAAACCUGGAAGUACAAAAGGCGGAAAGAGAGAAGCGAGCAAAUACGCUGUCUUCAAAGAUUGAAAAGUUAUACCAGCUGAUUGGACGAGAAGCAAUUACCGCCAAAGCAAUAUCCAUAAUAUCAGGAUCCCUAGAGAAGCUUAAGAAGGAGGAGCAUGGAGAAGGAGGAAUCGAAAAUAUCCCGCCGCGGCCAAUGCGGCUGGUGACGAACAGGAAAGCCAAUUUCAUCGAGUUCGUGCGGGAAAUGAAAGCAUACGUUGGUGAGCGAUCCGGAAAAUACUUGACGACAUUGACGGAAGGGAUUCAUCAGUUAGAUCCUUGCCAAGACAAAAUAGCUUAUGAAUACUGUUUGAAAGAGCGCGUGGUGCCCGUUCCCCGUCAUAAUGUCGUCACUAAAGACAAUGUCUUGAUGUCUGGGGAUGGAGUUUUUUCUGUGAAGGUUGUUGACCUUAGGUUGGCUUCGUGUGCGAUUGCGGAUCCAACGAAUGCCGUAAUUCGGGUUGCGAAUCCGAUCUUUAGCGAGUUCGCAAAGAUGACAUUGCAUGAUAUUUUGGAUGACAAGGACGCACUCCAAGAUAACAUAGGUAAAACAACUAAUGAAGCCGCAAAGGAUUGGGGUUGGCAGUGUCGUUAUCAGAUAAAUAUUAAGAUAAAUAUUAAGAGUUUUAGUAUGUAG